AUGAAUACGUCGUCUUUCCUAAGCAUUUUCUUGUACGUAUUGGAUCUGAUUUAUACGUUCCACACUGAGGGGAAGGAACACGUUUCCAUAAUACAUAAAGAAGAAAAAAGAGAUAUAGUACCCAAGUCGUGGUUACAUUUAAUAAAAGAAUGUGUCGACUUAAUUAAAGAUGUGUAUAACUUAAAAGAUACAAUUGUAGAUGAAAACGAUUUGAUUAUCUGGAGUGAUGGAAAAAGAAUGGACGAAAAGUAUUUCGAAUCUAAGAGUUUCAAAAGGGGAGCUAAAAUGGUGUACGUAUUCUUGUCUAGUAACAUCUCGGGCGAAAACUGCUUUACAAGGGAAAAUGUCUACAGAAAAAUCUCAGAUGAGAUAGAAAAAUACAAAAAUGCAAUUAAGGGGCACUUUCAAAUUUACGAUAAAGAAUAUGAUGAAUGGGCAUCAAUGAAGGAAAUAUUAAAAUUGUUAAUAAAAUCCAAAGACUUACGAGAUUUGCUAGUAGACAUUAAAACAGACGAACAAGUUGAAAUGGUCAGGCGAAAAAUUCUUGAACUAACACAAGAAAAUAAAAACUACCAAAUAUUUGCUGAUAUGCUAAAAGAUAAUAAAACGAUUUAUAAUAUACUAAAUGAUAUGAACGAGUGGAAAAUUUUCGUAAUGGAAAAUUUGGAAAAUAUAAAAAAGUUGAUUGAGCCUUACUAUCCGCAUAGUAAUAAUACCGAUUUAUAA